ACUGAGAUCAGCAUCAGCGGUGGACAGGUAACACUUAUUAUACAGGAACCAGGAAAAUACGUCAAAAUGUGCUGCAAGGGUUUCCUCAAAGUCAUGAUGUUUGUCUUCAACGGCAUCAUCUUCCUGGCGGGCGCUGCUGUCCUGGCGGUGGGCAUCUGGGUGGCCGUGGACAGAGUUUCUCUCCUGGGUUUUCUGGAGCACAUUGAAGAUGCUCCUCCUGAACUGGCGCAGCUGGCCAACAUCGGGUACCUGCUGAUCGGAGUCGGGGCGUUUCUGGCCAUCAUGGGCUUUCUGGGAUGCUGCGGAGCCGUGAAGGAAAGCAAAUGCAUGCUUCUCACUUUCUUCAUCAUCGUGCUCAUCAUCUUCCUCGUGGAGGUGGCGGCCGCUGUGGUGCUCUUCGUCUUUGAGCCUGUGGUUCAGGAAACUCUGAAUGAAAUCGGACAGAAAGUGGCUAAAAGCAUUAAGGAUAAUUAUGGAAAGGAUGAGCCUUUCAGCUCAAUCUGGAACACCACUAUGAAUGAGCUGAAAUGCUGUGGAUAUAACAACUACACUGACUUCAGCGGCUCUAAUUUUGUGGAAGAAACAUCGAUGUAUCCUGAAAAGUGUUGCUCGAGCGGUUCACAGCGAUGUGAUGAAAGGGCAGCAGAAGAUGCGGUUAUCGCGGGCUGCUUUAGGACAUUAGUGAAGCUGAUUGAGGAUAAUGCACUCCUGCUGGCUGGUGUGGCUUUGGGAAUCGCAGCUUUAGAGAUUGCAGCAAUGGUUGUUUCCAUGAUCCUCUACAAGAACGUAGGGAAAUGAGAGCAGGACUGACUACAGAGAUUUGUGUUUACUGUACAUCACUGUUUACUCUAGCCUUUUCUAUUUGCUAAUUUAAUAAAAGUCAUGUAAAUAAUAUACUGGCUGCAGUAUGAAUGACAUUUGCACAGCUUAUUUGUUCUCUUUUAAAUGAUUUUUUAAAACUUUUUUUUAACCUCAAGUAAAUGUAAAUUUUGACCUCUGCUUAACUACUAAAAUACGAUCCAGACUUUAAAAUAUCUAUAUCUAAUGCGAUGUUGUGUUGAAUACUACAGCUCAUUAAAGAUCACCACAUAUUUUCAACAGUAUCCUUUUUUAUGUAUAAUUAAAUACAUGAACAAUCUUCAUCUGGAAAUAUUUUAAUAUAUUCGUUUCAUUGUAUGAAUAAAAAUCUGUAUUUUUAAACA